UCAGCUCUCCGCUGCGAAACUCUGCUGUGAAGUGUGGUCAUGUGACGGGCUAGCGAGCCCAGGCGAAGCACAGCCACACGGUUACAUGAGACCGAAUGCCAGCUUCAUUGAAAAAGCUCUGUUAUCGAGAGUAGAGACAGGAGGGACAGACGUUUUCAGUGUGCAGACACACAAAUAACAACACGCAGAAAGCUCUGGGGAACUCGGCGAAAGGGACAUUCUCACAGCCUCAAGAACCUCGGUAGGAGAAAGCAGAAGACACAUCGUUUUAAAAGAUAAAUCAAGCGCAGUGGACACAGCGGGACUAGAUUAUUCAUUCCGAUAACUUCUAUAAGGGCAACCGCCGUAUAUUUUUGUUUUAUUUUUCCUUUCAUUUACUUUUUUCUUUAUUUUAUCACCUGUCCUCAGAAAAGCUUACAACCAGACGGAGUUGAAUUGCAGUGCAGUGCGUAAAUAAAUUGAACGCAACAGCAGGAGACAGAACAGCUCACCACAUUUAGCCUACCAGCAAAAUACAGUAUAUAUAUAUUUUUCCCCAUCCUUGGUUCUGCUUGGAGCUGAUUUUUGUAAAUUUUUUGGAAUAUGGUUGGGGAAAUGGAAACGAAGGAGAAACCGAAGCCUACCCCAGACUAUCUCAUGCAGCUCAUGAAUGAUAAGAAACUGAUGAGCAGCCUACCCAACUUCUGCGGAAUUUUUAACCACCUCGAACGGCUGCUUGAUGAAGAGAUCAGCCGGGUACGGAAGGACAUGUACAACGACACGCUAAACGGCAGCACAGAGAAGCGGAGCAGUGAGCUCCCAGACGCAGUGGGCCCCAUGGUGCAGCUCCAGGAGAAACUAUUUGUGCCUGUGAAAGAGUACCCCGAUUUUAACUUUGUGGGCCGUAUCCUGGGACCACGGGGGCUGACAGCCAAGCAGCUGGAGGCAGAGACAGGAUGUAAAAUCAUGGUGCGUGGAAAAGGCUCCAUGAGGGACAAGAAGAAGGAAGAGCAGAACCGUGGCAAGCCCAACUGGGAGCACCUCAACGAGGACCUGCAUGUCCUGAUCACGGUGGAGGACGCACAGAACCGCGCCGAGAUCAAGCUGAAGAGGGCCGUGGAGGAGGUCAACAAACUACUGGUGCCUGCGGCGGAGGGAGAGGACAGUCUGAAGAAGAUGCAGCUGAUGGAGCUGGCCAUCCUCAACGGCACCUACCGAGACGCCAACAUCAAGUCACCUGCCCUUGCCUUCUCUCUUGCAGCGAACGCCCAGGCGCCCCGCAUCAUCGCCGGCCCCGCCGCCAUGUCCCAGAACGCCCUGCGCACGUCCACCCCGUCCGGCCCCACCCUAAUGCCCCUGAUCCGACAGAUCCAGACCUGCAUGCCCAACGGCUCGCCCCACCCGGGCGUCAUGACCCAGGGUCCCGAGUCGGGCCUCAUAUACGCGUCGCCAUACGAUUACCCCUACACGCUGGCCCCUGCCACCUCCAUCCUGGAGUACCCCAUCGACUCCAGCGGGGUGUUAGCGUCCUCAAAGGCCGAAGAGCUGCCACUCUACCUGGGGUUUCAGACCUGUCACUUUCCCAUCACUGUGCAGCGAGGAGAGCCCUCCAACCGGCCUCCCUUUUAAAGAAACGCCACUUCCCUCCCUCUUUCCCUCCAUCCCCUCAAACAACACACACCCACCUCCUCGUCUCUCUCCUCCCUCCCCGCCACCACACGCUGGACUGGUUGAGGAUUGGCCCUCUCUGAGCAACCACAAGCCACAAGGGGAAGCCUCGGCCCUUCCUCUUUUAAUGUCUGUUCAUAGUGACGUGUGUGUUACUGAUCAACCCUUUUUGAUUUCCUGUCCCGAUGAUGAUGAUGAUGAAAUAUUUGUGUAUGAUGGUGAGGGAGAACUGAGCUCCACCUUGCUGCAGACCCCCCUUGGGGGCGCCCCCCUCUCUCUGGGUGUGGCUUGGGGGCGUCCUGAAGGGUAACAUGAGGACGGUGAGGGGUCAGAGGGGGUCGACAGAGAGGGGUUGCGGAGCCAAUGGGGGAGAUGGUGUGUGUUGGCGAUGGGGCACCUGCAGUUAAAUCAUCUAGGCAUGACAGGCUUUAUUCACAAAGGGAUUUGAGGACAUUCUGUCCCGACACUGACAGUCUUAACUUCACUCUUAUGAAAAAUAUUCACAGAAUGAGACUUUCAGCGCAAGUGUAGCCACGCCAAAUGACAGUCAGUGAGUGAACAACAUGGCCCUUUUGUAUAACGCAUUUUUGCAUCGACUCAAACGGAGUGUCCUAAAAUGGCUUCGGGAAUAGGGGCCUGGUGUGUGUUGCUUCUCAAAGGACAAACAUGAACUCCUGGCACUAAUUCCUCGUUCCCUUCCUGUAUUCUAUAGGUGUGGCUUUCCCCACGAAAGGCUAAAAGAGUUUCUCGGAUCCUUACUGAGUUCCUCAUCUGAUCUGAGUGUUGACACACAUGCGCUUUUGUUUCACAGCUGCCUUUGAGUGUAGACAGACAGACAGACAGACAGACAGACAGACAGACAGACAGACAGACAGACAGACAGACAGGCAGGCUCCCUCACUACUGAUGUUUACACCGGCCAAACCUCCCCAAAGAGGCACGGGCCUUAACGCCAUGCAUUAUGUGUGAGUGUGUACGUGCAUCCUGUACACACAUUCAUAUAUGUAUAUUUUCGCAGACCUACGGUAUGCGACUGUUCCACUGACUGCUAUGUCUGGGAUUGAAAAUCUAUACAAUACUGUCACGCUUUACUAAUCACUUAAUUCAUUGCCUUUUUUUUUACCUAUUCUUUUUAUUUUUUAUUUUAUAAGAGAUGUUCAUUUUUUUUACUACUGCAAAUGUGCCUAAAAGCUUUCAUCUCUGGGCUUUAACCAGAGAGUGAGUGAUCAGUAUUAUAUUUAAAACGAAUAACUGAAGAGAUGCACUUCCUGAUGCUCAACGUGAGAUUAUGUGACUAGUAAAGCUCCCCUCUGUGUGUGUGUGUGUGUGUGUGUGUGUGUGUGUGUGUGUGUGUGUGUGUGUGUGUGUGUGUGUGUGUGUGUGUGUGUGUGUGUGUGUGUGUGUGUGUGUGUGUGUGUGUGUGUGUGUGUGUGUGUGUGUGUGUGUGUGGUGUGUGUGUGUGUGUGUUUGUGUAUGCGUGUGCGUGCAUAAAUGCCUAAUUCCUGCAAAUUUGUAACAAGGACUCAAGAAAACAAUGGAUCCUUACAGUCAAGGUUACUCCAUAGUCACGAAUGAUACUAUGUCCAAGAUUUCUCCUUGUUACGAUGUAUAUGAGUAUAAUUUGUGCCUUAACAUGUAUUUCUAAAGAUUUUUCCUAAUUGUGUUACAUGUGCUUGGUCGUAUAAACCUUGAUGAUAUGACGAAUUGACUUGAUGGAAACGGCGAAGGAGGAAAUGACCUAAUCCUUGUUUUGGUCAUGUUGUUGCAAUCCGAGCAGGUGCAGUGACUACUAAGGUUCGAAGGCACGAGCUGCGGGUCCAUCCUUACCAAAGGAUAGUGACCGCAGACAGAGGUUAGUUUAGCUCUUAUGCAUUUGUGUUGUAUUGCCAAUGCCUGCUCACUGUUGGUCCUGAUCUGUUUUGCAACAUGUACAAAUUGUUCAGCUAGUCGUUCCGGUUUGUGAUGUGAUGCAACAUACAGUCUUGGCCUCUGAGAAACAUUUAUUUGGAAUACAUUUGUUCUCAGAGUGCAUACGUGGAGGGCUGUACCAGGUGAUUCUGAGAACUAGUGACCACAACACAGUAGCCUAAUGAUGCUUUUGCUAUCUAGGUAGAGACACAAACUUACACACAAACUACUCGACUCUAUUAUUUCGAUGACUUUAUGCAUCUGACAUGAUGUCGAUGACAAAUAAUGGACUCUACCCCUUCAACAACAAAAAAAAAGAAAAUCAAAUUACCUGUGUUUUAGUUUCCCCCUCCGUUCAACGAGAAGGUUUCGAUUUUAUUUCAAAUGCACUUAGGUCUUCAGCUUCUUACGUGGAUAAUGUAACGUUUUAAUUGAUAAAUUAUGUCCAUUUGUGUUUAUUUGUUUGCGGGAAUAAUUUUUUGGAGAAUCUGACCCAUUGUAUUGUCAAGGACAACACAAAAGUGGUUGUAAAAACGUCAUGUCAUAUUUGGGGGGUUUUCACUGUCUAAUUGGACUGCAGGAUCUACCCAUUUUUGCUACAGUAUUUCUUUGAAGUCUCAACAACGACGGUAUAAGUAAAGAGGGACGGACACAUGGUAGGCUAUAGACUGGAAAUUGUUUUAUUCUGCAGAUUGGUAAAACAAGCACAACAGUCAGACCUUUUACUCUCUAAAGUCUACACAUGUCACACCUUCUCUUCUAAGUCCUUGCAGAGCAGAUACUCCCACUGAAUAUUGAGAAUAAUCGAGGUCGUAAUUAGAGAAGAAACCAUUUGUGAAAUGACGCAAGCGACAAGGAAUUUGCAGGAUCUGUUCUCUAUCAGUGCCUUUUCUCUGUUUUAUCCUUAUACCCUAGUGCUUAAUACACCAAGUGUGCCUUGUACAUACACCCACACUGUGUAUCAUCACAUUUCACUACAGAUAAUUACUUGUACACAAUCAAGUGAAUGUUUGCAAUGUGCCAGAAAAUAGGAUGCAGAUGCCAAUUAAAAACUGCCGACGUGCAGACAUUGUUUGAUAAAUCCAACCUACAUUUUAGUACAUACAUUGAAGUUGAAAACCCAGUGAAAUUGAUUAAAUUGUAAUAUUGUUUAUAUAACUCCAAUUCAUGAAUCACCUUUUUUUUGCUGCUAGAUGAUGUGGAACAAUUAGCAUAUAUAAUUAACAGUAUAUACAAACUGGGUCUAAGGAUAUUCAGGUUUCGGCACUGUAGCUCUGUCUGUGAAUCGCCUCUGAAAACUUGAUAGCUCAAAUCUGCCCUAAAAACAAAUAAAUUAAUAUAAAAAUAACUGUAAUAUGGCGUUACUUAAGAAGUGCAUAUUAUACAAAGGGUAUUAUUACUAAAAGGUCAAACCUUAAUCCAUAAUGAUAAUAAAUGAUAAUUAUGGUAACGCAUAGGUAACACUGACAAAUUUAAUGACAAACCAACAUCCGAUGAAAUUGCACAAAGGCCUAUAUUCAAUCUACCUCUUCAUAGGUUUGGCUCCCACACUGAUGACCAGUUUUACACCAUUAAAACGUUGGUUUAUCCAAACAUGACGGUAAUACAACAUAAUAUGAUUGACGUGUCAGUGCGGUUUGGGGGUUGAACCAUGAGGCAGGUGGAUUGAGUGCAGGCCAAAUGGUCAAGCCUGUGUGUAAGAGGCAGACUGACUCUGGGUGAAGCAGGGAGGAAGCUAAGAUGGCGUCUGAAAUGUGGGCCUUUUUAUCAGCUCAUAUUGGCAAAGAUGUUGAACGGUCUCAAAAUAGUAAAUACACUAUCAAAUAAGUACAUCAAUUGGGGUCUAGAGAUUUACAGUGCCUUCAGAAAGUAUUCACAGCCUGAAUUUAAAAUGAAUUAAGUUGAGAUGUUGUGUAAGGUGAUGUAGACAACACCCCAUAAUGUCGAGCUGGAAUUGUUUUUAGAAAUGUUUACAAAUUAAAAAUGAAAAGCUCAAGUCUUGAAUCAGUAAGUAUUCAACCCUUUUGCAUAGUAAGCCUAGUGAUAAUAUGCUUAACAAGUCACAUAACAAGUUGCAUGGACUAUGUGUGCAAUAGUAGUGUUUAACAUGAUUUUUAAAUGACUACCCCAUCUCUCUACCCCACACAUACAAUUAUCUUUAAGGUCCCUCAGUCGAGCAGUGAAUUUCAAGCACAGAUUCAACCACAAAGACCAGAGAGGUUUUCCUAUGUUUCACGAAGAAGGGCACCUAUUGGUAGACGGGUAAAAAAAAAAAAAAGACAUUUAAUAUCACUUUGAGCAUGGUGCAGUUAUUAAUUGUACACGUUUGAUGGUGUAUCAAUACAUCCAGUGAAUACAAAGAUACAGGCCCCCUCCCUAAAUCAGUUCCGGAGAGAAAGGAAACCUCUCAGUGAUUUCACCAUGAGGCUAAUGGUGAUUUUAAAACAGUUACAGAGUUUAAUGGCUGUGAUAGGAAAUAACUGACGAUGGAUCAAUAACAUUGUAAUACAAACACAAAUGACAGAUUGGAAAGAAGGAAGCCUGUAGGAAAAAAAUAUUCCAAAACAUACAUCCUGUUUGCAAUAAGGCAGGCACUAAAGUAAUAGUGCAAAAAAUGUGUCAAAGAAAUACAUGUUUUUUUCCUGAAUACAAAGCGUUAUGUUUGGGGAAAAUCCAACCCAACACAUCACUGUGUACCACUCUUCAUAUUUUGAAGAAUGGUGUUGGCUGCAUCAUGUUAUGGGUAUGCUUGUCAUCGGCAAGGACGAGGGAGUUUUGUAGGAUAAAAAUAAAUGGAAUACAGCUAAGCAUAGACAAAAUCCUAGAGGAAAACCUGGUUCAGCCUGCUUUCCACCAGACACUGGGAGUCAAAUUCACCUUUCAGCAGGACAAUAACCUAAAACACAAGGCCAAAUAUACACUGUUGCUUACCAGGAUGAUAUUGAAUGUUCCUAGUUCAAUUUUUGACUUAAAUCGGCUUGAACAUCUAUGGCAAGACUUGAAAAUGGCUGUCUAACAAUGAUCAACAAUCAUCUUUUUAGUUAUUUAUUUAAAACCGGUAAGUUGACUGAGAACACAUUCUCAUUUACAGCAACGACCUGGGGAACAGGUUCAGGGGAGAGGAGGGGGGAUGAAUGACAGCACACUACACAGAUCAAUGUCCCCAAUCACUGCCUUGAGUUAUUGGGAUAUUUUUUUGGGGGGGGACAGAGUCCAAUGACAGAGUCCAACACCACUUCCAGCAGCAUCUGGUGUCCCAUCUAGGGACUGACCAGGAUCAACCCUGCUUAGCUUUUGAGGCAAGCCAGCGGUGUGAUGCAGGGUGGUAUGCUGCUGGCAAAAUGCUCUGGUGGUAUCUUGACAGAGCUUGACACAUUAUUUAAGAAUAAUGGGGAAAAUAUUGUACAAUCCAGGUGUCCAAAGAUCUUAGAGAAAAAAACUCUUACCCAGAAACUCAAAGCUGUAAUCGCUGACUCAAACAUGUAUUGACUUGAGGGGUUGAAUACUUAUCUAAUCAAGAUAUAUUACUCUUUUAUUUUCACUUAAUAAAUAACAGAGUAUUUUGUGUAGAUCAUUGACAAUAUUUUUUUCAAUUAAGUCCAUUUGAAUCCCACUUUAUAACACAACAAAAUCUGGGAAAGGUAAAAGGUUUUGAAUACGUUCUGAAGGCACUGUAUACAGUAUAUCCUAUUUUGAUUUUCCUCUGGACACUUUACAGUGCAUUAGAAAGCAUUUUACAACAGCUCUCUACGAUACAGUUGUUAAGCUCUUAAUACAGUAAGAUUUACAAUAUGUUGUCAAAUCUGGUAAAGAAGCCUUUCUUUUCUUCUUUACAUCUGUUUGACUGUCGCUUCAUUCGAAAAGAGAGACUACGGCACAAAUCUUUUUUUGCACUGAAUGAUUUUAAAAAGUCAAAAGCAUUCUUCGUCUCCUCUGCUGCAGUCAGAAGGUCAGAACCUCAGACGAUGAAAUGAAACAUAUGAUCUAAGCUGCAUACGUCUUAGACGGACCACUGUGGAGUGGACGGAGAAUCCUAGGGUCCAUUUUGGAUGAGAAAUUGCCAGAGUAGGAAUGCAUUUACCAGAAAUAUUCCACUUGAGAAUUUUUUUCAAAAUAUUUUACUGUAAGCUUCUUUAAAUGUUUUGUUGUUGCAAAGAAAAUAGUAUUUACUUGUGGCUUCUUGAAAUAUAUAUAUAAAUAUAUAUAUAAAAUAUAAAGCAGGAAUGUAUAUGAAAUGUCAGAAAUAGCAAGGAUUAUUCUAUAGGGCUAUUUGUAGGAAAGACAAAUAUGCAUCAUAGCAGCUUUAUAGCACCACUUUAGAAAAUGUCCUCUAUUUUUGAAUAUAUUUUAGGGCUUUAUACAAAAGACAGGACCUUUUCAGUGUUUAUAUGCAAGUGCAUUUUAUAUUAUGUGUCCUGUGAAUUGUAUAUUGUUUCCUAGGCUGAGGGCACUGGCUGAAGUGACGGCUUUAGCAUGCUCACAGCUUAAACUCUCAUGGUUAGUGUGCUAUUCUAGAAAAUACCAUGUAGUGUUGCUUUGUAUCAUUAAAGCAAAGAUUUUCAUGCUUGUUGUAAAUAGAAAACAUACUUUGAAAAGGCAAUAAAAAAAUGAUAUUGAGUUAAAAAAAAAAAUGACAAACACUGUUUUGGCCCCAAAAUUAUUUCUCACUGUAUCCUCUCUAAAUUAAUUUAUUCUAAAACAAUGAGACUUAUUAAUAUUCACGUCCACCACUACUAGCCGCUUGACUCAUGAACCUCUGAAAUGCUCUAAUAAUGUUGUCGACGACGCUACCUUCCUCCAUCUCAUUUGGAUCUUUCCCUCUGCCUAGAUUUACUGUCCAUUUACUUGACUGCUACUAACCAGUAGAACUACUGUAAUUGUCUUUUUUAAUUUCCUCCUUUUUAACACGUGAGCUGAGGAGACGGGACUGUCUUUCACGUUAUGUAAAACCAUGCUUUCAUGACUUUACGACAUUGUAAAGAUAUAGAUGAGUAGCUCUUCCUGAACUCCUGGAUUCAAGCAACCCAUCAUAUGAAUUGUCCUUCAUCUAUACAAACAGAAGAAUGCAUGUAUUGUUUUCAAUCCUGACACAGCGUUUUGCGUCCAGCGCUCUGGCUUCGGUCAAAGCGAACAUGUUGUGGAAGAUAUGGAAACAUAUGGUGACACGUGUAGAUUGGUCGGUCACAGUUGUGGCGAAAUCGCAUGGUGGAUUGAAUGGAUGCAUGGUAUAGCUCUGAUUAGUUAAGCCUUGUUUUCAUCCUGCUGUCGCUAGCUGAGACUAAUCUCCUCUCUAUCUUUUUUCUUUCCUUUCAUUUUUGUUUCUCUCCUUUUAUAAUUUUUCUCUCUUUUCUGUUUGUUUGUUUCUUAACCCCCCCAGCCGCCAUUGGCAACUAACCCCUGACCUUCUGAAAUCUUCAACCAAUGACGACCUGGCCAUUGCCCGCAGAUCAGUUCUUUGGUAGAAGGGGAAAAAAGCAGCCUUGGCUUGUUACAGUCAGUCAAGGCACAGCUUCUCAUCACCUGACUAAUGGACACACUACAAUGGCUUGGCAGCCACCUCCUGCCUGCCCAGUCUCCUUAUUAGGGGGACAGAUACUGGCUCUAGACCUGCACUGAAUCAUUGUUAAGCAAUAAGGUCUGAUAUGCCCCCUCUUAUCCUCCCUGACCGAGUCCCCGCCAAGCAACCCCCAAACACACCACACUCUAAAACACCCUGGUAACACCCGGUUGGUCGCCUCCUGAAGAUCAAGAAGGAUGCAAACCUCCACUCCCCGACCGCCCAAAAUCACCGUACCCCCUGGUCCUGCCACAUCGCCCAGGUAACCUUCCCACUGUCAUGGUAACUGAGCUGACUAUGAAUGUAUAGCAGCGUGGUGAGUCCUGCCGAGUGCAUCCAUGCACUUCUCUCUCUCUCUCUCUCUCUCUCUGUCUUUCUGUCUCUCUCUCUCUCUCGCUCUCUCUCUCUCUCUCUCUUUCUGUCUCUCUCGCUCUCUGUCUCUGUCUCUCUCUCGCUCUCUGUCUCUGUCUCUGUCUCUCUCUGUCCAUCUAUCCCUGCCAACUGAUGACCCAUCUCUGUUCACUGACUAUGAAGUCCUGGGUCUUUUAUGACACGGAGACUGAGGAGGGUUCAUUUAAGCAGGACUUGAAGAGAGACUAGGGGCUAUAUUCAAUCAGACAAUCUGCAUAGUGGUUGUUUUGGCUGUGUGUCAGAGGUGAAACUGCGUUAGAACUGUCAAAUCCACAAGUGGUUCCUGGCAUUAUAAAGUGGACAUUGCCAUUGGCUGCAAGGAGUCACAUUAAGAGAAAUUCCAUGCAGCCUUGAUUACAAGUUCAAACGCUGGAAUAUGAGAUGUAAUCUACACCUAGAUUAGGCUGAUAUUUCUAUAUAGCCUACACUUUCUUCUCCUGCACUUCCUGACGCGAGUGGGAUGGGUGUGGCUUUGUGACAAUGAUCAAGAGCAGCUGCUCACCAAUUUGACAGCUGCAAUGCAGUUACACCUCCAACACUGCCAAAACAUCAGCUGUGUUGGGUGUCGGCUAUCGCCGGUUAACGCUUCAUCUGAUUUAAUCUAGGCCCUAGGGUCAAACAGAGAGUUUCAAGCAUAUAGAAGGAAAAGUACCUGCCCCGUUACCUGGCAUUGUCGCUGUUGUUUUUUUGCCAUAAAGAAAUAUCUUGCAGUCAACUGUUUCUUUGAGGAUGUAAAAGCCAUGCUUGCCUACCUGCUGUACAAAUGUAUUGAAAUUGUAGAUACAUGUGUAAAAAAUGGGGGAGAGCACCAAUGUAAAGAAAAUAGACACUUUUAUUAUACAUGGGUGCUCAUGGGAAAGAAAAAAAAAUCUAUUUUUUCAAAAACAUAGUCUUUUAUACCUUCGACUAUUGUAAAGAGACGUUUGUAAUGAAACCCUUUAUGUCAUGAAAACAAUCCUGUUUUCUUUCUGUGGAUGGAGAGUGAAGACCAAAACAACCUUUCAUUUUAAUUCGGGGUUGAGGAUUGAACUGAAGUGUAAAAAACGACAAAGUGCCUUAUUUUACUCAUGGUUUCUGAUAUCUGAAUGUGUCAUCAGCCUUUAAGCUGCACAGGACAAGUCAGUGCACACAGUCUGUCAGCCACUGAGAGAUGCCCCGAGACGGAGUCAGUCACCUCCGCCUUGUUGUUACACAGACACAGUUCCAUACAUACAUAAGAGUGCUUUUUGGUGGCUCCAUAGCGCAGGAGGCCGGUGGCAACUUAAUUGGGGAGGACGGGUUCAUAGUUAUGGCUGGAAUGGAAUAAAUUGAAUGGUAUCGAACACAUCGAAAACAUGGUUUCCAUCACAGGAGGCUGCUGAGGGGAGAACGGCUCAUAAUAAUGGCCGGAACAGAGCAAAUGGAAAGGGAUCAAACACCUAGAAACCGUUAGCGUUUUGAUCCAUUUGAUACCGUUCCACUGAUUCCGCUCCAGCCGUUACCACGAGCCCGUCCUCCCCAAUUAAGGUGCCACCAACCUCCUGUGGUUUCCAUGUGUUUGAUACCCAUUCCGUUUACUCCAUUCCAGACAUUAUUAUGAGCCGUCCUCCCCUCAGCAGCCUCCUGUGCUCCAUAGAGUAGGAAUAUCAGUAGUAUACCCAGGGCCGGCUCCAGGCAUAAGCAACAUAAGAAGUCCAACUCGGGCCAGCGUCGCCGUGGGACUCAUUGGGUUAAUAUGGGCAAAAUAUGUAGAAUUGCAGGAAAUUAGCUUUAAAACUGCAACAAUUUCUCUCUACACCAUGGUAAAAUUGGUAGAAUUGCAGGAAAUUAGCUUUAAAACUGUAAAAACAAAUAAAUCUCUCUGCCCCAAUGGCAUAAUGAAUAGAAUUGCCUGAAAUGUUUUAUGAAAUUGAAAAACAUUCUCGCCGCCCCAUAGCAAAAUCUGUAGAACUGCAGAAAAUUUGCUUUAAAACUGCAACAUUUUCUCUACACCCCAUGGCAAAAUGUGUAGAAUUGCAGGAAAUGUACUUUAGAACGUACAUUUGUCUCUCCAUUAUCAAGAGGAGGCCACAAAAAAAAUGUGCCACCAACCAAAUCUCUCUUGGGGCCCUCAAAAUGAUAGAGCCGGCCCUGAGUAUACCAAUACUGUCUGAGUCAGUAUCUACACAGUCCUAUCAAUAUCCUAAAGGGACAAAUAGUAUUAUAAUGAUUGUAAAACAGAGCGGUAACAUGUCUGAUUGGCCUUCUUAUUGUAUUUCACCAUGAAUCUUCUGAGACCGGUUGUCUUUGUGGAUGAGGUCCUCAGCUCAGAGUUGCCCAAUUAUUAUAUCCAGUAGUAGUAGCUACUCAUGCCAGGACAGUCCCAAGGUUUUUCUUGACAUUCUCCAGAUAGUCGAGCAUGUCUUUACCUUUCCUUGAGUGGAGGGUCUGUGGUUCUUUAUAAAUAGACUGUGUUUUACUGUUAUAAGUGCUGUUCUGGACUGCCUUAUGUAGGAGUUGUCAUUGGCAUAGACAUCCCACUACCCGUAGAGCUGAGCUCUCUACCAUGAUGUAGUUCUCUAUCACCUAUCACAUGAGAUGAGGACUUGUCUUUUUUUGCCCUCCUGAUUUACUUUCUAUAGAGGAGUAUUGGGUCGGUAGUCUCAGUGACCAGACAUCUGCUGACUCGGCAGUUCUAGGUGAAGGGUUUAUGUGGUUGUGGUAACGAGGUGGUUGACUGUAAAGCCUGCGUGUAAAUCCCGGUCUACACCAAAACAUCGCUCCACAUCCCCCUCUUUAUUUACUAUGCAACAGAAUGGCCUCUAGUGAUUUAUGGAGAGUUUCUGUGUCUCAGAUUGUGUCUUAAUGUGUGUGCCGUUUAGUUUCAGUCUCAGUAUUAUGUUUCAGAAAUUGUUCUGUUGUGCAAUUGCAUAUUAUUCUGAUCAGUUAUAAAUGAUGAAUUAGUAUGCAUUCUCAAUAAUGAUUAGGAUUAGGAUUAUUGUCAUACCCAUUAUUAUCAUUGUUAUUGGUCAUCUUAUUAUUAUUUAAGAUAAUGGUAAGACUAAUAUUUUACAUAAAAUGUUAUCGGUGAUAAAAUAAUGGUGGCAAACAAAUGGUUUUAUUGGUUGUGAGUGAAAACAUAUCAUAGCCAAUAAAGCAUGGCAAUCCCAUCCCUUAAUAACGUGCAUGUUAUGCUAUUAUCAGAGGUUUUUAUUUGUGCUAUUUUGACAGCAUUAUUCCUGAUCUGGUGUUUUUUUCUGAGUGUGCAAAUCAAGCGUGUUAAAGGACUCCAUGCUGUCAAACUCAACUGAUUCUGUUAGCAUUUACUCCAUGAAUUGUGUGUAACCAUCCCCAAAUUAUUGCCUACGAGAAAACAGUAUGUCUAUUUGCAGCCAUUGUUCUAAGUUUAUAAUGUAUUUUUAUAUCUUAUUUUCUAUGUGUGUAAGACAAAAUAUUAAAUUACUUCUUUACAGAUUUGAAUGAUUAAAAUGACAAAAUCAGCUACAUUAUUUGUUUCAUUUGAGAUUCUUUGUAGUUUAUUAAAUCAGUGUUUCAUAAUCCUGGUCCUGCUAAUUAGAGUUUUUGCCCUAGCACUACACACCUGAUUCCACUAAUCAACUCAUCAUCAAACCUUUGAUUGGUGGAAUCAGUCUGGUGCUAGGGGAAAAACUCAAAUGUGCACCCUUUGGGCACCCAGGACCAUGAAUAAGAAACACUGCAUUAAAUUAACUCCUUGACAAAGCCUUAUCUCUAUUACUGAUUCCGAUCGUUUAAGUUUUUCCUUUCCUCACAUUUGGGGAUGUUUGGUUGUGGCAUGUUUGAUUUAGCCAGUAUUAUUUUAAUAAAUGUUUCCAAACAGA